GACGCAAGAACCCCACUCUCCCACUUCAACCACCAACCAUCAGAUAUGGUUCGAGAGUCAUUCCUGGUAUGGUUGACGGCAGCCGUUUUGUUUUUAUGGGCUGUGAAGAAGGUCGGGGGAGUUUCGAUCUCGCGCUCUGGCUGUGGACAGUCUAAGCUGUGCAUAGAAGAACCAAAGUUCUGUGACCCCUCCUCCUGCUCUGGCUCAUGUCUAUUCAGCUCUAUAGAAAGCACCUCCACAUCUAUCCGCUUCAGCCUCAGUGGAAAGGCAGAGGGCUUUGUGGUUCUGGAGCUCAAAAGCUCCACAAAAUUUCAGUCCAUUAUGUUCAUCUGUGGUCGGAAUGGCUCUGAGGUCUUCCUGCAGGUGGACCCCCCCCGUGCCCCCCUCACGGCUCAGCAGAUGUUUCAGGCGGACUUCUCAGGAGAGGUGAAAGGGUCUGUGAUCAGAUGCACUUUCCGUUUUCCUCUGUCAGACAUAACCAGACUCAACACAAACAAUGACGCUGUGUUCUCUGUGGAGCUGGGAACUGGCCGUGUGAUUGCUCCUCUUGGUCCGGUGAAUGUGGUAAUGCGAACUGGUUUUCUGGAUGUGACCGAACCUAAGGCAUAUGGACGAGCAGCCUGUCCCUCGGCUCUGCUCUCUGCUCUCAUACUGCCCGUUCUGAUAACUGUGGCUCUCAUGAAAUAA